AUGGCAUGGAAGGAGUGGUACAGAAAGCACAGACACACACAGGCGGAUACGCCGCGUGGUACGGAAACCACCGACACACGGACAGAUACGGAUAGCGUUGAGUGGGGAGUUAGAAUCUCUGUGGUUGUCAGAAACAUAGAUUCUUGUCUUAUGGGUUGUGAUGCUGUUGAAGAUGCCACUCAUCUGUUAAUGUCAUGUAAUUUUACCAGAGCGUUAUGGCUCGCUACUAUUGGUAGAAUCACUGAUCAAAAUCAAGAUAUAAAAGACUGGAUAAUCAGCUGGUUCAAUCAAAAAUCAAAACCAGCAGUUUUGUAUCAUUAUCCUUGUCCAGAUGGAGUAUUUGCUGCUCUUGCUUCUCAUCUUUACUUUUCAGCUAUUAAACAAGAUGUUCUGUACUUCCCUAAUACUGUUUAUUCUCCUGUUAAGGUAGAAGAUCUUCCUCUUGAUGAAAUUAAUCAAGUUUAUUUACUUGAUUUUGUUGGGCCUUCUGGUUUUGUUGCUAAAUUAUCUUCUCAUGUUGAAAGUGUCAUAAUUCUAGACCAUCACAAAACUGCAGUUGAGAUGUUUAAGGCUGACACUUCUAUUCGUGAGAAUGUGAUUAAAGUUAUAGAUAUGGAGAGAAGUGGUGCUACCGUUGCUUAUGAUUAUUUCAAGAAGAAACUUUCAGACGAAGGAGUUGGGAAGGAGUUGGUAGCUGAGGAUAAGCUUGAAAGGGUUAAUCAACUGUUUAAAUACAUCGAAGAUGUAGAUUUGUGGAGGUGUGCUCUUCCAGAUAGCAAAGCUUUCACUAGUGGGAUGAAAGAUUUAAACAUCGAGUACGACGUCAGGUUGAAUCCCGGGUUGUUUGGACAGUUAUUGUCGCUAGAUCCACGUUUAGUGAUCGACCAAGGGAUGUCGAGCUUAUCACAAAAGCAAAAUAGAAUUGACGAAGUUCUUGACGGCUCAUAUGAAAUUGCACUUGGUGGUGGACUAUUUGGAUAUUGCCUGGCUGUCGAUGCAGACUCCGUUUCAAACUUGAGGAGCGAACUUGGGCACCAGUUAGCUAAUAAGAGUCGUGAUUUUAAUAUGCGGGGAAUUGGAGCUGUUGUUUAUCGAGUUCCUGAACUUGGAAAUGCUGAGUUGCUUAAAAUAAGUCUCAGGAGUGUGGAAACAGAAGACACAACGCCAAUCUCUCAGAAAUUUGGAGGAGGUGGACAUCUUAAUGCUAGUUCUUUCAUGGUAACUGCUGCUGAGUUCAACCAGUGGAAACUUCCAGUUACAGCUUCUACAUAAGCAAGAAACUCCUUCACACAGAAUUGUGCAUGUGUCUUCCUUGCCCAGGACUUCUUACGAAAUAGAAUUAUGUUUCUGGCGUGUAACAACAUGGACAGCAAGAAUCUCUCUAACAUAACAUGAGUUAAUCUUACAACUAGUAAAAUAUUCGGGCUAUAGCAUAACA